UUUUUUUUUUAAUACAAUACACGGAUGUAAUAAUAUAGUGUACUAUACUGUAUAGUGUAAAAACCGAAUACGGAUUACGCUAUUGUAUUAUUAUUAUUAUUAUUGUGUAUUACGGGUACACACACACACACACGCGUACGGACACCGUUUGCCGUUUCGUUUAUGAUUGCUCAGAUUUUUGCGUUGUUGUCACAUUUUUCAUCGUAGCCGCCGCCACACAUUGGUCAUUAUCAAAUAUCAAUCCGGCGUUACGCUUAUCCGAAUUCCGAAAUAGUGUAAAUACAUAUUAUUACAACAACACCGUUCGGACAUUAUAAUAUAUUUUUGUAUAUUUACAUACCUACUACUCUACAUGUCAUUAUUAUUGUCCAUGUUUCCCCAUAGAAAUUAUUAACGUGGUCCGAUCUAUUGUUUUGCCCCCGGCUGCCGUUUUUACUUUUUCUCUAUGUGACCCGUGCGUGUCAAGCGUUAGGGUAAUGUCGUACGGUACUUGUGGGAGAUAUUGUAAGACCAUAGCUACCGCCGAGCGAACGUCCAACACGUUCCGGUGGGAUAAUGUGACGCGAUAACAGGAAGCACAACCGGGAGUCGGGACACCAUUGUCCGUUGGUGCUAAAUAUGGAUAAUGACAUUUUGGAUGAACGGUCAAGAGAAUUUCUAGAAACGGCAGACCAAUACAUUAGUGAGCAUGGUCAUCAGCAUGUGACUGAAGGAAAUGGUAAACAACUGGGUAACCAACAUAAUAUACCCGAAGAAUUUCGUAUUGAUGAAAAUGGAGAAUUCUCUCACCAUACCGCUACAUAUUAUGAUACGGGUGAUAUGUUAUCUGCUGAGGGAUCUGCUACUCUCACAGAGGAUGAUCAUCGGUUAGCUAAUGAACUAGCUGAUGCUUUAGCUCAACAGAAUAAAUCUCUUGUUGACGGCAACCAUCAUGAUUCACACCUUAUGACCAGUUAUUUAUAUAGUACUGAUCUUGAUUUGGAAUCAAAUAAACAUUCUUCACAACCAUCAACUCAUAUUAAUAACCAACAGGUUAUUAAUUCAGAAAAUUUAAUUGAAGUCGAAGCUUCGGAGUCUGAUUACCAUGCAGAAAUACAAAACAGUUUACCACAUAAAAAACGUUUUCGUAAAAGAGAGGCAGCACCACCACCACCAGUUAGGAGUAUACAUCCCAAAUGCUAUAAAUGCAAACAAUGUGGAGAACAAUUCAACUCUCAGUCUUUAUUUACUGCUCAUAGGGUAGUUCACGCUCCUAAGAGAGUUAACGGACGAAUGCCAUUUUUAUGUGAAAUUUGUGAUAAACAUUUUACUCAUCAAAUAAAAUUUUUUGAACAUUUAAAAUUUCACUAUGAGCCUCAACAAAGUAAAGUGAUUGUGGUAACGACUGAUUCUGGUACAUCUCCUCAUCAUGUUAACUACCAGAAUCCUACUACUCAAGAUUCAACUGCAAGUAUUGAAAAUCAGUACAUUGAAGAAACUAUUCAAGAUCAGUCGGAACUGCAUGAUUUACCGCCCUUACAAAGCUAUAGGUUAAAUGAAGAAAAUAUGCAAGACGAUAAACAUUGUAUAUUUUCAUCCGAUGGAUCUAUACUAGCUGCUCAAUUACAACAACCAUUUCCUUCUUGUCAUCUUUGUGGCCGAAGUUUUCGUCGAAUAAAGGCGUUGGAAUUGCACAUGGCUUCAGUACAUCCUCAGCCCGCUACAGUAGUUACUGUCAAACAAGAUUGUCUGGAAGAGUUUUCUGAUCCAGAAGAUUUAAUGGAAGGUAUCAGGCACAUGGUGCCUGGAGUUGCUGAUACUGAAUCGGAAACCGAUGAAAAACAGCCAAUGCCAGAAUGGGAAUAUAAUGGUGAAAGUAAUGCUAAUCCUGAAAAUACAAUGCCUAUAACAAAAACAGAAGAAGAUAGUAGUUUAUUAAAUGAAAAUGAUGAUAAUGGUGAAAACAGUCGAGCUGAACACACUUGGGAAGAUGAUACUGAUGAACUAGAACAAAUCAUGAAAAAAAAUAUAUCCAAAAAUCUCGUCUGUACUCAAUGCAAAAGGAAAUUUAAUCACCGUAAUUCAUUGCUGUAUCAUUUAAGGUCGCAUUCUGGUAAGCGACCACACAGUUGUAAGCUUUGUCCUAAAAGUUUCUUCUCGAGUAGUGCACUCAAAGUGCAUAAUAGACUUCACACGGGUGAUAAGCCAUUUGAAUGUGAAUGGUGUGGUCGAAAUUUUCGACAGUGGGGUGAUCUCAAGUAUCAUAUUGCUUCCUUGCAUUCAGAAUCCAAACAGUUUCAAUGUGAAUUUUGUGGUAAAGACUUUGCUCGCAAAUAUUCGUUGAUAGUACAUCGCAGAAUACAUACGGGAGAAAAAAAUUAUGUGUGCGAGUUUUGUAAAAAAACAUUUCGAGCUUCUUCUUAUCUGCAAAAUCAUCGUCGCAUUCACACUGGUGAAAAACCUUAUAAGUGUGAAACAUGUGGCAAAGCGUUUAGAGUGCGUUCGGAUAUGCGGCGCCACACAGUAGUUCAUAGGAAAGACAAUGUUAACACUGUUCAAAUUAAUAGCUAUGCCGGUCAAGUGAGUGGUAUUGUCACUUCUUCUGACACUAGUAUCCAUUUGACUAAAUUAGAAGUGGAUAAAGACAAAAUAAAUGCAGACACCGAUGUGGAUGUCAAAUUUCAUGAAAAUUAUUCUCAUGAUUCAGACCAGCUUCUGACUGCUGAUGGUGUCAGUGCUCCUUUAAACCUCAAUCUGAGAUCACAAGACGAUGGUGAUAACAAUGAACCAAAUAAUUAUCAACAAUUCAAUGGACGGCAAGAAAUUAUCGAUAGGGAUACAAAUACAUUGUAUGUUUGGAUACCAUCUAGUACUGAACAACUGUUACAAAGUGAAUAAUUUAUAUUGAACAAAAGACGAUUGUUGACUCUUACCUAAUAUUCAAAACAUACAAGUUUAUUAUAUAUAUUUACAUAUAUAUAAAUAUAUAUAUAUGUAAAUAUAUAUAUA